GGGUGUGUACACAGCAUGUCUGCACAGUGCACAGUGUGCACAGUACAGGAUACACACACAUGCACUGUGCACCCCACACUCUCGGGCAAAGCCGCCCCUCUGUCCGCCCGGGAGGCCGAGGCCCUUCUGCACGGGCGUCACCUGCGCCGCCAUCCCGGCAUCGGGAGCCUACCACCGGGAGCCUUGCUCCAGCCACGCCGCUGGCGGGCAGCUGGGGAGCGCCCGGGACCCGCUACUCUUGCAGGGCACCGUGCCCGACCCCCACACACCGCCCUCACACGCCCCGGGCGCUGCGGGCACGGCCGGGCCGCGCAGGGCGGCGCUCGGGCUGUGGGCGGCCCCGCGGGGAUGACGCGCGGCGGGCGGGCAGGAGGAGGGAGGCAGUACGAGAGGGAGGGGCCCGUGAUGGCCGGUGCCGCCGCCGUCGCGCUGUCCCUCGCUGCGCUGCCGGCCACCGCCGCCGCCGCCGCCCCUCCGCCGCUGUCAGCUCCCGACCACCGCACCGCCGCCAUGGCCGAGGAGGAGGCUUCCAGCGAAGGGUUUGGAUGGUUGUUUAGCUGGCUUCCUGCCUGGUGUCCCACAUCACUGCUGCACCUUAAAGAGGCUGAGGACAAAAUGCUGAAAUGUAUUUCAAGCAUAUACAAUAAACGAUACGUGUAUAUAUCUAAUGGAAAUAAAAUAUGGACACUAACAUUCUCUCCAGACCUUUCAAAUAAAACUCCACUUGUUCUCCUGCAUGGGUUUGGAGGAGGUGUUGGACUGUGGGCUCUCAACUUUGAAGAUCUCUGUGAGAACAGGACGGUUCAUGCUUUUGACCUCUUGGGAUUUGGGCGUAGCAGUCGACCACACUUUGACACUGAUGCUCGGGAAGCAGAAAAUCAAUUUGUGGAAUCCAUAGAAGAAUGGAGAAAGGAGGUGGGGCUAGAAAAAAUGAUUUUGCUUGGACACAACCUAGGUGGAUUCCUGGCUGCUGCUUACUCCUUAAAAUAUCCAUCAAGGGUCAAGCAUCUUAUCUUAGUGGAGCCGUGGGGUUUUCCAGAGAGGCCUGACAGUGCUGAACACGAAAGACCAAUUCCAAUCUGGAUCAAAGCACUAGGAGCUAUAUUGAGUCCAUUUAAUCCUUUAGCUGGGCUAAGAAUAGCAGGACCCUUUGGAUUAAGCCUUGUUCAACGUUUAAGACCUGAUUUCAAACGAAAAUAUUCAUCAAUGUUUGAUGAUAACACUGUGGCUGAAUAUAUCUAUCAUUGCAAUGUACAGUCACCCAGUGGUGAAACAGCUUUCAAGAACAUGACGAUUCCUUAUGGAUGGGCAAAAAGGCCAAUGCUGCAACGCAUUUCACAAAUGGAUCGAGACAUUCCUGUCACAGUGGUCUACGGAGCACGUUCCUGUAUAGAUGGCAAUUCUGGCAGCACUAUCCAGUCUCUGAGACCAAAUUCCUAUGUGAAGACAAUAGCUAUCCUCGGUGCAGGUCAUUACGUGUACGCUGAUCAACCUGAAGACUUCAACCAGAAAGUGAAAGACAUCUGUGACUCUGUGGACUGAAUGUCCUCUGUUCCUUAGAAAGUCAUACCGUAGAUAGCAUUUAAUGGCAAUACUCUCUAGGAAAUCACUAAAGAAUGCAGAGCUAAUGGAACAGGCUCUGUUUGCACACUGUUUCUUCUAAGAAGCCAUUUGCACACUUAAACCACUGAGUGCCUAUUUUUGGGGGAAUGAAAAGGUUUGAAGCUAACUUUGUACAGCUUUUUUUUUUUUUUUUAACUGUCCUGUCAGAUACAAAAUUACGUGUAACUUUUGAAACUGGAAUUUUCUUCAAAAUUUAAUUGAACUUUGCACAUGUUGAACUCUAUAAAAAUGCUGAAUUCUCCAACAUGGAGAACUGUAUCAAUAGAGAUACAAUGUACAAAAUGCAAUUUGGUUUCUUUGUGAACUGUCAUAUUUUUAGCUGAUGUUUCAUAGCAAGAAUAUGAAACUGCCUAUGUAUUUUAUUUUUGGAACCCAGAACUCCAUACACAAUAUUUUAAGAGGAUUUGUUUUUUAAUUGGAGUGGUAACAGCUUACAAAACUGAUUUUGGGAAAGGGACGGGGCCAAAAUAAUGAGCAGUGUCUGUCACUGAAAUAUGUUUGUUAGUUUAUAAGAAAUUGAGGCUCAAUAUUAGGAAAUCUAUCUUCUGUUGGAUUUUAUUUCCAUUUAUCUCAAGGCAUCCUUUUCCAUCUGUGCAACUUUUACGGAAGACUCAGUUUGUAAGAGUCAAUGAUGUCACCAGCACUCAGGCUUCUAUAAAUAUUUUGAUGUGUAGAUUUCUGUGAUUUGAAAUACAGAAGAUAGCUUGUUAGUUAUUCCACCUAUUUUUAACACUUUACUGCAAGAUUUGUUACUAGUCUAAAUCUAACAAUUGUGGAUAAGCUGAUAAGAUUUUGAUUAGGGCUGGGAGAUAUCCACCUGGAUAAUGAGCAUAUUUCCCAUUUUCUUUCAUUAGAAUGCCUAGUCCAUAUUUUAGUGAAUUUGAGCUGAAGGAGAGGCAGAGGCAGAGUAUUGAUGUUCUCUAAUUGGGAACUACAACAGCUUAAUGUAUUUUAUUUAAUAUUCAGCCUCCUUAUAGGAAGGAUUAUUAUUGGAAUGAGCAAUACCACUGUAAUGAUUUGCAAUUACAUGUUUUGGAGAUUCUUUAUAUAUUUUAAUUGAGUAUUUCAAUAUCAGAGAUAAUCCAGUCUCUGCUACUUUUUAAAUUAUAGUUUGAUGUUAGUACUUCAUAUGCCUAGUAAAUUAUGUUAAGAAAAAUACUUUGUCACUUUAAAGCCAAAUAAUGUGGUGGUUUGUUUUUUAACAAGUUUACAUACAACUAUAGAUCUGUUUUUGAAUAUUCAAUUGACUACUGAAGAGUUCUUGAUACUUUUAUACAAGGAGAAUUUGAAUUAAUGAUAGCGCCACCUUAAAGCUUGAAUUAUGUGCAUUUUUUUCUCAAAUUAAGGAAUUGUUGCACAUAUUUAUGAUGUGGAAGGCAAAGAUACCUAAAAUAUUCAGAAGAUAAUGUGAUUAUGUUCCCUAGCAGAACAUAAUUUCUCUUACUGAAGGAGAUAUUUAUCUAUAUGGUGCUAUGUAAACAUCAAAUGGUUUUUGUGACUGCCUUGACUGGUAGUACUUCAUAUCUAGCAAUAUAAAUAUUUUAAUUAAAAAUAAGUAUUGCAUUAAAUUACUUUUUCAAUUAGCAGAUGCCAAAACUGUAAAACAAAAUUUGGGGUAAUUUGGUGAAAUCUUGAGUUUGAAAAUGGAAAAUCAGAAUUAUCAAUUCAAUUUUUUAAUAUAAGCUAUAAAUUAUCAGUCAUGCCACCAUUUAGGUGGAUGCCUUCAGCAUGUUGGUUAUUUUUCACCCUUUUCAGUGUCUUAUUUUGUAUUUAUCAACUUAAACAGCUGCUUUAGUUGUGCAUAAAAACCUAAUGCAAAAAUAAAUUGUGAGUCUCCUCCAAAUAAUGAAAGGUGAAAGAAAUUAUUGGUAUUUUCAGAUAGCACUUACUGAUGGGAAUUGUAGAUUCCACAUCAAAAGUUGGAAGUAGGGAUAAAAAUUGCACACUGGAUGUGAAUAUUGUUUUUAAUAUCCCCUGCUUUUUGAGCUUAUUGAACUAAUAAGACUUACUGCUUAUGUUUUGCACAAUAAAAACAAUUCUGAAAUGUUACAUUUGAUUAAUGUUAAAACAUUAUAUUACUUUUGUUUUAAAUUAUGUGCAAUUAAGACCUGGAAAUCAAGAGUUGAGGUAAAUGAUCCAAAAUACAUUAAAAAUACAGUAAUACUCAUUUUCAAAUAAGUAACCUCUGUUCUUAGGUUUCCUUGUAUUUAACUGAAAGUGUUUGUCAACAAGUAGCUGCAAGCUGAGAAUGUUGAUUGUAUGUAUAAGGAAAAGGAUUCUGUAGUAUCUUCCAGGCAGUAUUAGAUGCUGCUGUGAAGGUCAAGGUGGAAUUCUGAAUGUCCUACUGUGUGCAACAUAACCUGAUCAAAUUACUUUAAUAAAUGUCAUAGAAAAGACUUGGCUGGAAGAGACUUGGGAGCUAGACCUGUUGUGAGCAAUUUCUGCCUGGAAAUAAUCUCAGUUUCACCAGAAGUUCUGUUUCAGUGCAAUGACCAGUUGCUUAAAUGUACUGUGGUGAGCACUGAAUGCUGAUGAUGCUAUUUUUUAUUACAGCACUAUAAAAUAAGACAAGAAUCACAGGCAUAAAGGCACCCAAAGAUCUAUCCCAUUCUAACAUCAAAAUGAAGACAGCUGUGUCUAGAGCGUAACAAAAAGGAUCCAAAAUAUUAAUAAAAAUCCAAGAUAAACUGCCUAAAUCUCCAGGACACACUCUUCCUGAGGUUGUUGUGAUAAAAUUUAUUUAAAGUAACUUAGUAAUAUUUUGUUUGCCACGGCUGAGUUCAUCUUGUUACUUAUUGAACCCUGCCAGAUUAGAUUUUAGUUCUGAAAAACUGAUUUUCAGAGAACUUGUUGAUAAGACUCUAUAAUAAAAUAUUCGCAACCAUCACAA